AUGUGCAUCUUGUUUCCGUCAAGCUUGGGCAAUCUGGGCUUGACAUGGUUUGAAAGGUUGCCAGAAGGUAGCAUAGCUUCAUGGGCGCAACUUGCAGAGGCGUUUGUUACCAGGUUUAAGACAAACACCAAGACACCGGUGGAGAUAGACCAGUUGCUCUCCAUCGACAUAGGUGAGAAAGAAACACUAAAGUCUUAUAAUAAUCAGUAUUGGGAGACUUUUAAUCAGAUUGGAGAUUGCCCCGCAAACCUAGCUAUUGCACAGUACAAGCAGGGUCUACCAGUGGGUUAUAAGUUGAGGGAUUCAAUGACAAUGACGUCGCCCCUUACUAUGGAAGCCAUGAUGGAUAGAGUGCAUCAACACAUCCGGGUAGAGGAAGAUAGGGCGCGCACCAAGGCAGAGUCUGACACAACAGCGAUGCUGGACAAAAAGCCUUUGGUAGGAGUUAACACGGUUGACAAGUAG